UGGCCCAAGAACUUCCAAGUAUAGUUGCUUUUAGUUUCUAGAACCGCAUUAAACAGCCAUUUCUCUGCCCUAUCAGAAACCGAUCUGUUGCCGUCUUGUCCUGAUUUCCAAGGAGAGCUUUUUUCCACCGAAUCCGUUGAUAUCUCAUUUCAAACUCUCCAUAUUUCAUCUUCUUCCUUUCAUAUUCAGUGUGGUUCUCCCGCCCUAUCCCUUUCUUCUUGCUUUUCUGCAGAUUCAGGAACGCUUCCUACCAGUAAAUGAAAAAAAUGAGUUCCGACGAUCAGAAACCCGGUCUCGUGAUAACUGUGACCGAAUCCAUUCGCUUGUUUCUUGUCUCAGCCUCCAAUGACCGCCGUCUCUCUGAAGAACUCCGAGAACUCGCUCUCACUCUUUCCUCAGCAGCCAAUGCACCGUACAAGCAGAUCCGAAGCAUAUGGAUGGAAUCAGCUUUUGACUCCAGGCCUGGAUUGAUUUCUUUCUUCUCCGGAUCUAAUUUCAUUUUCACCAGUCCUAAACCCAGAGAGAAGAGCGAAGAAUUGAAGGAGAGGUUAAGGAAGCUUAAAGAACUAGCAGAGAGGAAAGAGUAUCAAGAGCUUGUUAAAGAUAUCACGCCGAAGAAGGAUCUCAAUGAACCUUUCUCUACUUAUAAGGAUCAAAUUGGCUUUGGUUUACAUGUUGCUCUGACAAUGUUUACUGGGUAUUUGCUUGGUUAUUUUGCAUUCAGAGCGUUGUUUAACCACAGUCCUAUCAUGAAUUCUGCUGGAGGUAUUCUUGGAUUGGUUUUUGGCAUGCUUCUUGAAACAUUUUUGUUCAUUAUUAGGACUUCAGAGCCUAACCUUAAAUCGCUGUCCUCAACUUCGAGAUUCAAGAAAAAUCAAUAGAGUAGUUAAGAAGAGGUUGGUUAUGUUUUCUUUUCUUGCUACCUAUUGUCCAUUAUAAAUCUACGAGUAUGUGAGUUUAAGACUGUAAAUACUAUCAUAUUGUAAUCAUAGGGCAUUUUAUUUUGAUGUUCUUUGCCGUGAACAAUAUUACAAGGUAAAGGUUGUGUAGGAUUAUUUUUCUAACUUUGUUGAGAGCAGAUGAAUAAGAGAACAUUUAUAUCCAUCUUUAAUCA